AUGUGUCCAGUAUGCUUAAAAUUUUUCGUGUUUGAAAAUCUUGGAAUAUUCGGCAUAUUGUCGAAAUCUAGCAUUCUCGUAAAUGACACACAGACACCAACUGGUCGACUACCUAAUCAGACCUUGUAUAAAAGUCUCUUCUUACGGACACCAAAUUCGCUCAACCUCACCAGGCCUACUGUCCAUGAAGGGUCGAAGGCGAUAGUGCUUGUCAAUUCGGCUUUGAAAGAAAUCGACAUGCGAGACACAAUCAGGGACACAUGGGCUAAUCCUGCGUUUUCGCAACUUGUAAAGAACAAGAUGGUCUCCGUGGUAUUCUUAGUUGGCACAGGUAAUGUAAGUGAUUUGGUACGGAAAGAAUUGGCGACAGGCGACGACAUACUGCAAGUGGAUGUUUCCGAGUCUUAUGCGAAUCUUGUAUAUAAGGUACUCGCAGCUUAUUUGUGGAUCCAUGAUAAUUAUCCAGAAAAAUUUGUGCUCAAGAUUGAUUCAGACACAGUUAUCUUGAUGGAUAAAAUUGAACCUCUUCUCGUAAAUUCUACUACCAAGAGCAUGCAAUGCUAUGCCAUCACCAAGUCUGAACCACUACGAUGUGUUACCGAUCGAUGGUACGUCCCACAAUCUGUGUAUCCAGCUCAGUACUUCCCAGAUUACUGUAGCGGUCCCGCAUAUCUGCUGAGUCCUGCUGCUCUGAAUGCUAUUCUUCAAGCUGCUCCGAAGGAGCAGGUAUUCGAAAUUGAAGAUGCAUUUUUUACGGGUGUACUUGGCGGCAAAGUGGGUGUGAAGAUAGUAGGACACCGAGGAAUUUGGAAAGAAGAGAAAAAUUCUCAACCAUGUGUAGACAAUCGUGGAACAGUGAUCGCUUAUCCUGUACAUAAUGCCAGUACCAAGCGACUAGCUCAAGCUUGGAAUCAUAUUCAAAAUCUCCGAUGUCGAUGGAUCUUUGAACAUUUCCUGCUUACGUACUUCUAUGGUGAUUGAGCUUUCUUCUAGAUAUAUGAAGGUUGAGUUUGUCAAAAUACUUUGGCAGAGACGGGUAAUUCUCAGAUUGAGAUAUUCAUGUACAUCUCUGGUUGGGUUUAAAUUUGAAAUUGUCAUCUCGAUUUCUGUAAUUUUGUACAGAAUUGCCCAAAAUUUGUAGAUUUUCAGCCUUUCUCAUUUUUUUCAUCUCCAUCCUUAUCCAUCCGAAUCUUUCAUAAGAAGACUCCCAUGAAUUUCUACUUUUUGUUUUCUUUGGUUUGAAGAGCGUUACAUAGUCAGACUCUGUUGUAACGAAAAUAAGUAAUUUAUUCUUAAUUUUGACAAGAUUUUUCUAGCUUUGCAAUGUCUAAUGUGAUAAUUAUUGAUUCUUUUCUGGC